UGACCGUCCAGUUCUGGAGCUCUCGGUGCUCGGCUGUAGGAGACUUCGAUUGCCUUAUAUUUUUGUGAGAUACGCUAAAAGAAUGCCGCCAAAGAAAAAGGACGAGGGUGCCCGUAAACCUCUGCCUCUGAUAGGACGUUUUGGAACGUCACUCAAGUGUGGCAUUGUAGGCUUGCCAAACGUAGGUAAAUCGACAUUUUUCAAUGUCUUGACAAAGAGUGGAGCACCUGCAGAGAAUUUUCCGUUUUGCACUAUUGAUCCUAAUGAAAGUCGAGUACCAGUUCCAGAUGAACGCUUUGAUUUUCUAUGUGAGCAUUUCAAACCUCUAAGCAAAGUUCCUGCAUACCUUCAUGUGGUUGACAUCGCUGGUUUGGUUAAAGGUGCACAUGAAGGCCAGGGUUUGGGCAAUGCAUUUUUGUCUCACAUCAGUGCAUGUGAUGGCAUCUUCCAUCUAUGUAGAGUAUUUGAUGAUGACAAUGUCACACACGUAGAAGGAGACGUCAAUCCCGUUCGAGACAUUGAAAUCAUACAUGAGGAGCUAAGACUGAAGGAUGAAGAGUAUUUACGUGCUCGGGUGUCUGGUUUAGAAAAGACUGUUGUUCGAGGUGGAGACAAGAAGGGGAAAGCUGAAUAUGAUGACUUAGUGAAGAUUACAUCUCUAGUAGCCGAUGAGAAGAAACCAGCAAGAUUUUGCGAGUGGACAUCGCGAGAGAUUGAGACUCUGAACAAGCAUCUUUUGUUGACAUCCAAAGUAAUGAUCUAUUUGGUGAAUAUGUCCGAGAAAGAUUUCAUUCGGAAGAAAAAUAAAUGGUUGGUAAAGAUCAAGGAAUGGGUAGAUGAACAUGAUCCCGGUGCUGUUCUUAUACCGUUUAGCGCUAGCUUUGAAUCAAAAAUAUCAGAGAUGGAUGAUGCUGCAGCUGCAGAGUAUGCAAGGAGUUGUGGAGUACAGAGUACUCUUCCAAAAAUCAUCACUGCAGGAUACAAAGCUCUACACCUGGAGUACUUUUUUACAUCAGGAAAAGAUGAAGUUAAAGCAUGGACAGUUAGAAAAGGAACAAAGGCACCGGAAGCUGCAGGAAAGAUUCACACUGACUUUGAGAAGGGAUUUAUUAUGGCUGAAGUUACCAAAUAUGAUGAUUUUAAGGAAUUGGGAUCAGAGCCUGCAGUGAAGGCUGCUGGCAAAUAUCGACAACAAGGUCGAAACUAUACUGUUGAAGAUGGUGACAUGAUUUUCUUCAAGUUCAAUGCUGGCGCUGGACUAUCGGACAAGAAGAAGAAAUAGUGUAGAACUAAAGAGUUUGCGCUUUUACUGCUUUGGUUUUUGAAUAUACGGGAUGUUGCAAUUUGUCUGUACGUACCCGGAUUACGAACAGGAAUCUUCUGGA